CAUCUGCAACGCCAGCCAGCCUUGCCUAGAGACGGCAACGAGGUCGUGGGCGGCCAAAGGAGGCGCCAUUAGGAGCUGGGAAGAAAGUUCCCCCUGGGUGGUGGCGGGAAUGUGCUCGCCUUCCAGUCCGCCGGAGUGCUUCCGCCAGUGGGGCCAAGCCUGGCCGCACUGUGGGCUGGGGAAAUGGGGCAACAGGGGCCACUUGAAACUGAAUAAACGACGAGGCAGCUGUUUAAUGCGACCCCCGCCCCGCUCGUGUCGCAAUGGACGGGGUGGCGGGAGGGUCGCGCCUGACAAGGCCGCCUGGCGGCUGGGCGGAAUGGGAGGUGUUUUCCUGUAGGGGCGGAGAAGGGGAAGCUGAGAGGGACGGGCAUUUGCCUGGCUGUGAGCUGGCGAUGGAGUCAGGAGGAGGAGCCACAAUGCAGGACUUCCUACUAGACGCCUUAGAGGAUCUUGGCCAAGAAGAUUUUGAGAAGUUUAAGUUUAAGUUGCGUACUGCAGCGGCUCCCGGGGGUAAGAAUAUUCCACUUGGACGGAUGGAGAAGGCAACUCGGGAGAAGAUGGUGGAGCUUCUGGUUGAGUUUUAUGAGGAAGAGGCUGCUGCCCUGAUGAUAACUAUUUUUGAAGACAUUGGUCUCAAGUACAAUGCUUCUAAACUCAGCAAGGAGGUUGGGAAGCAAUUUCAAGAUUACAAAAAAAAGUAUGCUGAGAAUGUGAAGGAAGAAUACUUGCUAACAGAGGACAGAAACAGUCUCUUUGGUGAGAGCACCCCAUUAAAUGCCCGCUAUAUAGAGUUACUUAUCAUCAAAAAACACCGGCCUCUGAAGCAGAGGGAACAUGAAUUGGUUGCUACUGGCAGGCUGCACAUGGACAUCUUGGAAACCAACAGUUCAGAUUAUUCAUCAACUGAUAUACAAAGCCUUUUUGAACCUGAUGACUCGGGAAUAGCCCCAAGAACCGUGGUGUUGCAAGGACCAGCUGGUAUUGGUAAAACGAUGACCGUGCAAAAGAUUAUGCUGGGCUGGGCUGCUGGGGAGCUGUACCAGGACGUCUUUGACUACAUGUUCUGUAUUCGCUGCAGAGAACUAAGCCUUGCUGAAGAUGCCAGCAGCCUGGCUGACCUUAUUGUAGAUCAGUGUCAAGACAUGUAUGCCCCAGUGAAAGGGAUUUUAGCCCACCCUGAAAAGCUGCUUUUCAUCAUUGAUGGCUUUGAUGAGCUUUGUUGCUCCUUAGAGCUCAUAGGAGACAGUUUCUGUGAUGAUCCUUAUUCAAAGGUGUCCAUACAGGGUGUUCUGAGCAGCUUGUUGAGAAAGAAGCUUUUGCCCAAAUCCUACCUGUUAAUCACCACAAGACCUGGUGCUGCAGAGAGGCUGCAUGGGUGCUUGAAGUUUCCGAGAUUUGCUGAGAUCCUUGGAUUCACUGAGAAAGGUCGUCGUGAGUAUUUUUUCAAGUUCUUUAAAGAUGAUCAGAAAGCCAACCUAGCACUGAGAUUCAUUGAAAAUACCAGUGCAGUCUCUACCAUCUGCUUCAUCCCCAUGGUGUGCUGGAUCAUCUGCUCUGUCAUCAGAGUUGAACUGGAAACGGAAGACGAGAUUGCAGACACCUUGGACACCACAACAAAAGUCUUUGUACAGUUUUCUCACAAUCUCCUUAAGCAUGAUUCUGCAAAAUGGAAGAACUCCUCUCUGAAUGAGCUCGGAAGGCUCUGUUCCUUGGCACGGGCUGGCAUCCUGGGACAGAAAAUCCUCUUUGAGGAGCAGGAUCUCAAGGAGCAUCAUUUGGAGGUUUCUGCUCUUAAAGACCUCUUUCUAGACAGAAGAACAUUCCAGAGGGGGGUUGGCCGGCACAACCUGUACAGUUUUCUCCAUCUUUGCUUCCAGGAGUUUUUUGCUGCCAUGUGGUAUAUUCUGCAGAAGGACUCAAUGGAAGUUUCAGAUAACAGUAUGGGGGACUUGAAGACACUUUUAGCUGAGUGCGAGAAGCCAGGCAAUGAGCAUUUGACAUUAACGGUAUGCUUCGUAUUUGGCCUGUGCAGUGAAAAGGUGCGCAUCUUUCUUGAGCAGACUCUGCAGUGCAAGACAUCUGACCUUGUGAAGCCUUUCUUGCUUCAGAGAGCAGAAGAAGUGGCGACUGAGGAGCCUCCUCGAAAAGGUCAUUGCCUGCUGAAGUUUUUCCACUGCCUGUUUGAGACCCAGGAAGCAGAAUUUGCAAACCGUGUGAUGCAUCAUUUCCAGAAUAUUAACCUUUCUGACCAGAUGCUCUCGGUGCUGGACUGCAGGGUUUUGGCGUUCUGCUUGCAGCACAGUAAAAUCGAGGAUCACUCCAUUGAUCUAACGUUUUGCAGGCUGAAGUCUUACCACAUGAGAGCUUUGGCUCCAGGAAUAAAAAACUGUACAACUUUAAACUUUGGAAGUAACAAACUUGGAAACUCAGGAGUGCAUGUUCUCUGUGCCACUCUGAAGGAACUAGACUGUAAUGUGACUACUCUAAAUCUCAAUGAGAAUUACCUCACAGAUGCUUGCGCCCAAGAACUUUGCACCAUUCUGAGCACCAGCCACACGCUCCACACCCUAAACCUUCGAGACAACUCCUUCUCAGAGGUUUCUGUGCCUUUCAUCCGCCACCUCAUGGAGACCUGUCCCAGCCUGACUGUUCUGUGGUUGGGUAGUAAUGGAUUUGGUGAAAAAGGAAGGAAACGCUUGGAACAGCAAGAGAAGAAGUUAACUAAGUCAGGACGUCCUUUUUUGUUGUGGCUGUGACACAUUCUAAUUUGUAUGCUCUGGAUCAACAGCAGUCAUGUUACCAAAGGGCAGCAUUGUACUGAAUCAGGUAAACGUGCUUGUAGCUGCAGGAUGGGAGUUCUAGAGCUGAACAUUUUUUGAAAAGAAAGAAAGGCAGCUUUAAGGCUCAGAUGCAGAGCUGCCAACUUUAGUUGUUGAAAAUGCUUCCCAAACAGGAAGGAUGAAAUGAGCCGUCACUGGAUUAAAAAAGUAAGCACUUUGA